CGCGUCUUCAAAGGUUUCUGGCAACUCCAAUAGAAUAGCGUCGCUUCUUUCGUGUAAUUUUAAGUUGUGUGCAAAAUUAGCGAGUUUUGUUGUGUUUAAUUGUAGUAGCUUAUGUGACGACCGUCAGAAAAAUUUUCCAAGUCAGCACUGCAAAGAUGUCAAAGCCACAGCAGAACGAUGACACCUUGGAGCUGGACGACAUCCUCAGCCAGCCGGUGAAGGAUAAGGAGCGCAUGGCCGCCUUUAUGAUGCGCAAGCUGGCGGAGAACAAGGCGCCCCAAAACGAGAACCUCUUCGGCAACUUCAAGGUCGACUUUAACGUGGACUUUGAGGUGCCGCUGAUCAAGAAGCCCAAGCCCAAGCCAAAAACACCAGAAACACAAAAACAGCCCUUGCGAGAGUUGCCCAGUUCCGCCCCCGAACAAGCCAAUAAGCCGCCUGUGGACCAGGCAUCCAGUGAGAAUCAGCCCCAGGAAAAAUCUCCCGCUUUGUCACCCAUUCGUCGGCAUUCACUGCGGCGCAGUGGUAAUGUACCAGGCUCGGACAAACUACGUCGUCAUGCCAUACGCCGGCGAUCGCGGAGCUGUGGACGCCAACUGCUCCCGGAAUUUGACGAAGCCAGCAAUUUAACCCGCAGCUUCUCCAGCCCCGUAAACUUUAUGCCGGGAGUAAGCAGUACACCCUGCGCAGAAAAACCAAACGAGAAAGCUGAAAUGCCAGCGGAAGAAAUAGCUAAGGAUUUGGCAGGCAAACAGACGGAGGAACCAACAACGAAUCAAGCAGAGCAGCCAGCGGAAAAACACCUCCAGCCUGAGGUAAAGUCGCCUGCCAGGACCUCUAGUCUUGCCAAUGAAAUUGCACAAAUCUGCAAGGAAAGGCAGUCCUCCUUUCACAACAAUGUCUUGCAGCUGGACUAUAGUGGUCGGGCACCAUAUUCAAGACCGGACACACCGCCCUCACCAUCUGUGGCGCUACGACGUACCUACACCAUGGAAAAUGGUCCAGCUCCGGGUCAGCUGCUGCUGUCGCCCUCACAACGCAACUGCGUUGUAAAGCUAAAGAAAAGCCACCAAGAGAUUGUGGUGCCCAAUACGCCACCACCGCCCAGUUACGAGCCUGCCUGGCAAUCGCAGCCACAGCCGGACUUUGUGGUGCCGGAAACUCAGCCGCAGGAUCUGGGAGAGCUGGUGCAGACUCUGUCGCGGAGUGUCAGUAGUCCAAUUGUGGUGAUAAACGCAGCCAAUCCAAAUCUGAGUGUAAGGAGGGAUUCCUUGCAGGUUGGAUCGUUGCCAGCUUCGCCAGUUGCCGCAACGUCUUCAAUACCGGCGGCAUCUUCUGCCAAGCGUCCCGCAGCUAUUUCUUCUCCAAAGCAUUCCGCAGCUGUUCCUUCUCCAAAACCCAAAGGCUUAACUCCGCGUACGGUAGAAAAUGUAGACGCCAUAAUGACAGACGACGACAGCGAUGAGCAGCCCAGCACUGUGGCUCUGAAUCUAGCACCGCCGGGCGGUAACACAACCCGCCAGCGUCGCCUACGUAGUUAUUAUCGAGAUCGCGUUACUGGCGAAGCACAGGAAAGUUCUAUGCGACUGCUUAACCUCCACCGUUCGGUCAAUGCCAAUGCCAAGAAGUCAAGGGGCCGAAAGACGAAUGUGCAGCUGAACAAGGCACCCAGCGCCCCCAUCAAUGGCGAGCAGUUCGCCAUCGAGCUGACCCGCAUGAGCAACUACGAGAUAUUGGAUCUGCGCAAGCGCAACUCGUUGAACGAGGUAUAUCCUUUGGAUGGGCACCGGAAGCCCAGCUCGGAGGAGAAGGAUAACCUGGAGGAAAGAAUUCAGCGAGAGUUGGAGCGACGGAAAAUUAUGGACGUGCAGGACGGUUUGCCGGGUAAACCAUCCUCCACGGAUUCCGAGGAUUCAGUGGAGUGGGUGCCGUUGCCGCGGAAGAAACCCGGCCGAGGUAAAAGCAAGGAAAUACCGAACCGUCGAUCACGCUCCCAGCGACGAGAGCUGCCAAUGUCAAAAGAGUUGCAGAACUAUUUAAGACUCUCGAGUACGAUGGAGACUCGGCGUAAACUAUCAAGAGAAGGCAAACGCAGUCUCUAUACAAAAGGGGACUCCAAUGUUGAGGAUUUCGAUUCUUCGUCCCCUGUUAAGCUGCCAAGACUUAGUAGAAGCAUUCAAAUUGUUCCGCCACCUCCCCUUUCUCUGCGCUAUUCACAGUCAAUGCAAUGUGAGCGACGCAGCAGAAAAUUCGAUUUUGAUGAUGUGGUGAUGUCGGCGCCUCCAGAAUUCCACGACAAACCGAGUGAUGACACCAUCGAGAUUGCUCCACCGCCGCCGCAGUAUGUUGUAAAUACACGAAUGAGAAGUACAUUUGGGCGCAAGAGCAACAAAGAGGAUCUUGUUUCACCUCCACAAGAGUACGAGGGACAAAAUGGAGACGUUGAGCAACCUCGAAGGUCGCAUGCUAUGACCAAACCAUCUUUACAAUUCAAUUCGAGAGGAAGAAGGACGAGGGACAACGAAGUAGUUCCACCUCCACUCGAGUAUAUUGAACCACCGGAGUACGUCGAAAACGGGGAACACAAAUGUAAUGAUGAGCAACAAAUGAGCUUGCGGUGUAUUGGAAAAAAAUCUGUGCAGUCUUAUCCGACUGGACAAGAGACGAGAGUGGAGACACAUCUGCUUGAGUAUUCUGAAGCACUGAAGCCAGCAGAGAACGAUGGGGAUGAUAGUGACGAUGAGCAACCCAGGAGAUCGCAGUCCAAAGGCAAGAAAUCUCAGCGCUCCGAGACGACUGAACGAAAUGCAAAGAAGGACAAAGUGGUUCCUCCUCCAUUGGAGUAUAAUGAAACCUUCCUGUCAAAUUCUAAAGGAAAAGAGGCGAAAAAGGUUACAACUCCGCCUGAGUUUAGUGAGCCACUCGAGCCGGCAGAGAACGAUGGAGAUGAUAGUGACAAUGAGCAACCCAGGAGAUCGCAGUCCAAAGGCAAGAAAUCUCAGCGCUCCGAGACGACUGAACGAAAUGCACAGAAGGAUAAAGUGGUUUCACCUCCAUUCGAGUCCAAUGAAACCUCGCUGUCAAAUCCGAAAGGAAAAGGGACGAGAAAGGAUACAACUCCGCCUGAGUUUAGUGAGCCACUGGAGCCGGCAGAGAACGAUGGGGAUGAUAGUGACAACGAGCAACCCAGGAGAGCGCAGUUCAAAGGCAAGAAAUCUCAGCGCUCCGAGACGACUGAACGAAAUGCACAGAAGGAUAAAGUGGUUCCAACUCCAUUGGAGUCUAAUGAAACCUUGCUGUCAAAUCCUAAAGGAAAAGGGGCGAAAAAGGUUACAACUCCGCCUGAGUUUAGUGAGCAACUCGAGCCGGCAGAGAACGAUGGGGAUGAUAGUGACAACGAGCAACCCAGGAGAGCGCAGUUCAAAGGCAAGAAAUCUCAGCGCUCCGAGACGACUGAACGAAAUGCAAAGAAGGACAAAGUGGUUCCACCUCCAUUGGAGUAUAUUGAAACCACGGAUCGAUUGUCUAGGAAUCUCUCAAACGGGUACAAAAGUGCGCCAGCCGAUGCUAUUCAGGCGGAGGAGACUAUCGAGAAGUCGGAACACAUGGAGUCACUUCGUGUAAAUACUCCCACCCCUCCGCCUGACCCAAAGGCACGGGAUGUGCCUAGCAACAGUCGAUCUGCCGUGGGUUACAAUUCGGAGGACGAUGUGCCAAGUACAAGUCGAACAGCAUUGGAAGCUCUGCAGCGUAGCCAACAAGAGUCCAAGACGCAGCCCCAGAUCGUAUCGAACGCUGAUGUGGUGUUUAAGAAACCAACGGCACCGGCACCAAAAGCGAAGAAACCAAAAAAGACUGAAGUAGACAAGUUAAAGCUUCGAAAACUUCCUGUGGAAAUGGAUGAAGACGACAUCAACACCUCCGGCAUUCGGCGUUCGAAGCGAGGCCAUGUGCCACUCCAGAAUACCUGGUGCCACACCAUGGACCCCAGGACUUUUAGCUUCAUGCGUGACUUCUUAGAGCCUCCUAGCCAAAAUUCCAAGCUAAAGAAGGCGAAUACGAGUAAGGCAAAGAAAACCAGUGUCACACAGUCAAUGCCCACUUUGCCGCAAAACUCAUCGGUGAGCCGAGGACGAGGACCAGUGGUGGACCGGGGACCAUUGUGCAGCAGUACGCCACGAAAUCCCGAAACUGGGCUUGGCGCAAUACCGAAUUCCGAAUCACUUGGGGUCACCCCUUUAAUCUGGGAAGAUACGCCGGUGCAAGCUGUGUCUACGGAGGGGCCUAGAAAAAGAGGGCGGCCACGGAAGCGCGAGGAAGUGGUACAGUCUGAAACAGAAACCGAGCCGGAGCCGGUGACGGCGACGGAGCCAGAGCCAGUAGCACUAACUCCUUCCAGGAACGGACAGCAGGAACCUUUCCUUUACUCGAUAACUCCCGCCAGAGACGAACAGGAGGAAGCCUCCAUUCGGCUGAUGAACUGGCUGCGAGGCGUGGGCAAUGCCCACCCCACUGGAAGCAUGGCAGACGAAAGCGCCAGCGUCUCUCCUGCAAAUGAUUUAGUUUUUAGCAAGGUGGAUGGCAUCGACUACGCUUUUUAUAAAACAAAAGACAAAGCAUCGCUGGGGUAUAUGCGAUUCCAGCCUCACCAGGCUCGCAACAAGAAGCGUGCCAAGGUCUAUGCUCUGAAAUUCAUUGUGCAAUUUGGUGAAUUCGCCGUGCAGACCAUACCUUUGGGCGAAGAGGAAGAAACGGCAGCCAUUCUAUGUGUUGGCGACAUGAUUGAAAUAGAUAGGGGCUCCAGAUAUAGUAUUCAAAACGCUACAGACAGCGUAGGUGUCCUAAUGGUUAUACGGAGUUAAUAAGUUCGUAACUUAUAAACCCAUUAGCAUUUUAUGCAUUAUUUUAUUUUCGUUUUCAUUACAGAAAAGAAUAAUAUAAAAGUGUGGUUUUGUUAA